AUGCCGGGCUUGCUGGGAAAGCUAGUCAUCAUCGCCGCUGUCGAUGGCUUGAUCCUUCAAUCUUCCGGCAAUGGAUUGAGACAUUCUGGAAAUAAUGAGCCCAGCUCUCUCCGCAUCGACUACAAGACCAACAAGGUCUCCUCGCUCCCCGCGCCGGCCUCGGACCUGGACGAGGCCAGAGACUCCGGCUUAGAGGCGUAUGGCCUGGUCGGGCUGCUAUCCGUUGCGUCAGAUUCUUUCCUCAUCUCUAUCACUCAGCGGCAACAAGUGGCUCAGAUACAGGGCAAGCCCAUUUAUGCUGUGACUAAUGUCGCGGUAAUCCCGACCUCGUCGCAAGCCGAGGCGAUUCGCGCGAUCUCUCAGGCAAAGGAGAGCCUGUCUCAUGGAGAAGGUGGGCCGGGCGAGACUGCCUCCGAUGACAGUAGCACGAUAUCGGACACCGAGACUGAAGGCGGCGACACUGAAGUUGGCACGGUGCCAGCUUCCCCGGAACAGGAAGUCACUCAUUCCCGGGCUCGCAGUGUCGGCAGCAUCGCUGAAGAUGUGAUUGGGAAGAGAGUACGACUCGGACGUUUUGCUGCAAAUUGGCUCUCAAGGAAAACUCUUGGUUUGCCCGGCCUUGGUACUGUAGGUCAUAAUUCUGCAGAGCCGCUCGUGGAAGAUGACAAGGGGGAGCCGGAGACCAUCUCCUCUGAGGUGAAUGAUGAACGUUCAAGCCCCGUUUCAGAGAGUCAUGAUGCAACGCCUAAAACACUUGGAGAGCCGUUUCCCUCCGAUCCAACCGUGGAGUUGCUUCCGAAGUUGCUACGUUAUACCAAGAUGAUCUUUUCUUCCCAGAAUUUCUUCUUUGCAUAUGAUUACAAUCUCACCAGACAGUUCGGGACGCAGGAAGAGUCGUCUCUCAAAACUCAUCUGCCGUCGCACAAGAUCGUUGAUGAACUGUACUUUUGGAACCGGCAUCUGAUGUCUCCCUUUAUCGCAGCUGAUGCCCACAACUAUGUCCUUCCGUUGAUGCAAGGUUUUGUUGGCCAGCGAGAGUUCACCGUUGAGGCUGCAUCCUCAGACACGGAAAAGCCGGACGAGGAGCUCAAGGAAGGACGCAUACUGGGUGACAAACAAGAGGCAGAAGCCGUUCAAACCAGCGAUAAGAAGCGUGAUUAUCUACUUACCCUGAUCUCGCGGCGAUCUGUUAAGCGCCCAGGUCUACGAUACCUCCGUCGCGGUGUUGAUGACUUUGGGAAUACUGCCAACUUUGUGGAGACAGAACAGAUUCUCUCCGUCCCGGAUUGGGAUCCGUCCCAUAAUGCUUACUCGUACCUUCAAAUACGUGGAUCAAUCCCACUGUACUUUUCGCAGUCGCCAUACGCUUUCAAGCCCGUCCCUGUACUGCACCACUCUACCGAAACGAACCAACUCGCCUUUGACCGACACUUCAGGAAUCUGAGUCGGAGAUACGGGAAGAUCCAGGGAGUCUCCCUUAUCGACAAGCAAGCCGGGGAGUUAAAGCUCGGAGAGCAAUAUGAGAAGUUUGCAAAGGCUUUGAAUGAGUCAGGUGGUAUAGAUGGUGUGCCGCUUGCACUGGAGUGGUUUGACUUCCACCACGAGUGUCGCGGUAUGAAAUUUGAGAAUGUGAGCCGCCUGGUGAAGCAACUGGAGGAUACUUUGAGCGAAUUUGGUGAUACUGUUAUCCGCAACGACGCUGUCCUCCAGUCGCAAAAGGGUAUUGUGCGCACGAAUUGCAUGGACUGUCUAGACCGCACUGGGGUCGCGCAAUGCGCCUUUGGCCAAUGGGCUCUAGAGCGUGAAUUGAAGCGCGAGGGCAUCAACAUUGAUCUUGGCCGUGAUUCCUCUACUCGGUGGUUCAAUACUCUAUGGGCAGAUAACGGGGAUGCUAUUUCGAAGCAAUACUCCUCGACAGCUGCCCUGAAGGGUGACUACACUAGGACCCGGAAACGGAAUUAUCGAGGAGCACUGAAUGACUUUGGUCUGACACUCUCCCGUUAUUACAACAACAUUGUCAACGACUACUUCUCGCAGGCGUGCAUUGACUAUCUGUUGGGUAAUGUUUCUACCCAGGCCUUCCAGGAAUUUGCAGUAGAGAUGCAGACUACGGACCCAGGAAUCUCAGUUCAGAAGCUCCGGCAGAAUGCGAUCGACACCAGUUGCAAAAUUGUUAUUAGCGACCAGUCAGAAGAGUUCCUGGGUGGGUGGACUAUGUUAACCCCCCGGCAGCCGAAUACUUUGAGGACCAUGCCAUUCGAGGAGGCGGUGCUUCUACUCACAGACGCAGCUAUUUACAGCUGUCGCUUCGACUGGAACGUCGACAAGGUGCUAUCGUAUGAACGCAUAGACCUGCAUUCCGUGACCCGGAUCAACUAUGGCACCUACAUCACGUCGGUCUUGACCGAGGCCCAGGCCGACGAGCAGAACAACGUGGGGUUAGUGAUUGAGUAUCUUGCUGGCGAUGAGAACGCACUGCGGGUCAACACCCGCUCCCUCCAGAGCCAGGUUACCUCGCAAACCCUCGACAGCAAUGCGCGCCCCAGCACCGAAUGGAACAUGUAUGCGUGGUUCAAGGGGACCCCCCGCUCGACCACCCGACUCAUCGCGUUCAAGGCGCUUCCGCAGAACUCGACGGGGGCGACAGUGAGACAGCCGGAUUGGGUGCGCAGUAUCUGCGAGGAGAUCGAGCGGGCCAUGAGAGCAGGCAAGACACGACAUGAUGAUGAUGACGGAACACAGAGUUCCAUUAUCGAGUCGUCAGACAUUAUAUCGGUCGAAGAGGCAAAGAAGCGGACAGGAUAUUUGGAGCAUUUGGUCUACGACAUUAAGAAACUGGUGUGGGCGUAG